AUGGUUGGAAUUAAAACAAAUGUGAUUCCAGCACUAAAGGAAGCUGAUGUAGGGAUCACUAUACAGACUUUCAGCACUGAAAUGGUUAGGCAAAGUUCUGACAUCAUCAUCGUGGAUGGAAAUCUCAGUUUCUUGGACAGUCUUGUGACUCUUGUCAGAUGCGGAAGAUGUAUUUAUGACAAUAUUCGCAAGUAUAUGCAACUUGAGCUCACCAUGAAUAUAUCAGGGUUGUUGAUAACCUCUAUCACAACAAUGUUUUGCGGAGAUUCUCCAAUUACGACCAUCCAAUUAGUCUGGGCAAACUUUGUUGUGACUCUUUUUGGUGGCCUUGGAUUAUUGACUGAGACACCAUCAAAGGAACUGAUGGAAAAGCCACCAUUGAGAAAAACCGAACCACUUAUCAACAUGGCCAUAUGGAGAAACGUUGUCAUCCCAGCUCUGUAUCAACUUGGCAUCUUAGUGACAUGCCAGUUCAAAGGGCAAACCAUCAUUGGCAUUAAUAAGAAGGACAGUAAUACCAUUAUCUUCAAUAUUUUUGUCCUCUGCCAAGUCUGUAACAUUAUUAAUGCAAGACAACUGGGGACUAAGAAUGUGCUUGUAAGAUUGGAAAACAGAGAAUAG